GUAUAAUAUAUUUAUUGGUAGGGUGUUUAUACAAAGUCUCAGCUCCUUUCUCUUUCAAAUAUAUCUUCCCUCUGUUUCAAGCUUUUGAUGUUACAACUGUUUUCCUCUCAACAUCAAAUGGCGGAGCAGGUCUCAGCCCAGCUCGAGCCAUGGUGCGACCUACAGAACAAGGUGGUCCUGAUCACCGGUGCCUCUUCUGGUUUAGGCCGAGACUUCUGUCUUAACCUUGCCAAAGCCGGCUGCAGGAUUGUUGCUGCCGCUCGUCGCGUUGAUCGUCUCAAAUCUCUCUGUGAAGAAAUCAACCAGCAUCCUUCUCCUUCAUCGGCUAAUAAUAAGUCCACUUCUGGUCCACGAGCUGUUGCUGUGGAACUUGACGUAUGCGCUGAUGGGCCUGCAAUUGAUAGGUCGGUGCAGAUUGCUUGGGAAGCCUUUGGCGGAAUCGAUGCUCUGUUAAAUAAUGCUGGUGUUAGAGGUAGCGUGAAGAGUCCGCUGGAUUUGUCUGAGCAGGAGUGGAAUCAUGUAGUGAGGACAAAUUUGACUGGAUCCUGGUUAGUGUCCAAAUCUGUCUGCAUACGUAUGCGCGACUCGAAACGAGGAGGAUCUAUCAUUAAUAUUUCUUCUAUUACUGGUCUUCACCGUGGCCAAUUACCUGGAGCUGUUGCCUAUUGUUCUUCAAAGGCGGGCUUAAACACCAUGACCAAGGUCAUGGCUCUGGAAUUGGGGUUGCAUAAAAUCAGAGUGAACUCAAUAUCACCUGGACUGUUCAAAUCUGAGAUCACAGAGGGUCUUAUGCAAAAGGAUUGGCUAACUAAUGUUGCUUUGAGAACUGUCCCUUUACAAACGUACGGCACCUCAGAUCCGGCACUAACGUCGCUGGUCCGAUACUUAAUCCAUGACUCCUCAGAAUAUGUGACUGGCAAUAUAUUCAUUGUUGAUGCAGGUGCCACCCUACCAGGUGUCCCUAUAUUCUCUUCCCUUUGAAUCUGUGCACACACUGUUAAUUUUCUUUACACGACUUGUCUGCAUAUUCUUUUGUUUCCAUGUGAUUUUAGUAUGAUUGAACUGUAAGGUGGAAUGAUUUAGUAGGCUGUAUGAGAAUUUCAAAUUGGAAGAUGGGAGAUGUCAAAUUUUCCAGAGUCA